UCACGUGAGUGGCACGCUGGGGGCAUUUUUGUCCUUUCAACCCUACAAUAUAUUAGCGCCAUUUAGAAUACAGACCGAUGGUUUUACGAUUCCGAUCAUCGUCAAACCAAAACACACACAAACACACACUUGUCAGACGAAUUCCCUUUCUUCUCUCAAACGAAAACCCUAGUCGCUAGCUAAAACUUUGUAUGCUUUUCCAAAUAAUCAACAAUGCCGGUUUGGAAUUUAAGUGAAGCACGAGGACGGAUGAUCAGUGAAGCAGAAGUUCGUCUUCAAUAUGGUGAUCAUCCGACCAUGUUUUGCAUGCUAUUAAACCAUGGUGGAAAGUUUACUGAUUUUCCUGGAAGGAAGUAUGUAAACGGAAAGAGACAUUACGUUGACUUAAUAGACAUCGAGACUUUCUGUGUUCACGAUAUUGAUGACAUGAUGGUGAAACUUGGGUAUAUCGAUGAAAAUCUACAUGUGGAGAUGUACUAUCAUUUUCGAAGGCCACUGUGCGAUUUGGAUUUUGGCUUGUUUGCUUUAGCUUCAGAUGAUGAUGUAAGGCAUUUAGCAAAAUAUGUUGGCCAGCAUAAGCUAAUAGAGGUGUAUACAGAGCACGGGCAAACGAAAUUACACACAUACUCGAUGUCACCAAACCCAUCUAAGGUACGUAUAGUUGAGAUUGAUUGUACCCCAAAAAGAUUGUUUUUGGAAUGGCAUGAUACACAAGUUGAGCCUAAUGAUGUGUUGACAUUUGAGCCUAAUAGAAACAACCCUCCUGUUUCACCUACUAGAAAUGAGCCUUCAAUUGACAAGGUGGACAUGGUAAGUGAUAAUGCAAACAUCAUGGAAACUGAAAUUGAACAUAGUAGUGAUGAUAAUAGCAGUGGUGAUGAGAUCAACAGUGGUGAUGAUAGUGAGAGUCAAGAUGGUGACUUUCUUCUAGACGAAGACAAUAUCAUUGAUGAUGUUGAAGUUGACAUGAGAGAAUUCCACUUGAAUGUUGACCCAGAUGUUGAGUGGAUUGGAGGUGCUUCUAAAAGAAAGAAUCAUGUAGUUACAGAAGAUGGGAAUGAAGCAGACCUUGAAGUUAUAGAUAUGGAACUUUUCUUGUCCGACUCUUCAUCGGAUGAUGGGAUCGAAGGAGAAAGAAACAAAAAGAUUAAAGCUAUUAGAAGGGCGCAUGAGAACGAAAAUGCUCAAGUCAGUGAGCCUUUCUAUUUAUAUCAGAAAUUUAAUUCGUCAAAGGAGUUUAAAGAUAUGGUUAACCAACAUGCAAUAGAUACAAGAAGGGAGUUGGAUUUUGAGAAGAAUGAUAAAAACAGAGUAAGGGUUGUAUGCAGGGGAACCAUAACAAGCCUAGGUGGUGGGACCGGUCAAGAAGUAGUCAAUGAAGAAGGUAAGUGUCCUUGGGUUCUUUUAGCCAGUAAGUGGAAACGCGACAAGGAUUGGACAGUUAAAACAUAUGUUAGUGAACAUAAAUGUCUUCAAACAAGAAAGGUUAGGGCUUGUGAUUACAAGUUUCUUUCAAAGCAAAUUCUACAACUGGUGGAAGCAAACCCAAAAAUUCCAGUCAAGGCUUUAAGGGAACAACUUCAACGUAUCUACAAAGUAGAUAUUUCUAAGAUGAAAGCCUUUAGGGCAAGAGAAGCAGCCUUAAAAAUUAUCAGGGGUGAUUAUGCCACUCAGUACAAGAUCUUACAAGAUUAUUUGUUAGAAGUGCAGACUCAAAACCCAGACACCACUAUCAAGCUUGAUGUCGAAAGUGAACCAAAUCCUGAUGUUGAGACAAGAACCUUCAGACGCGUGUACGUGUGCCUUGGUGCUUUGAAGCAAGGAUUUGCAGCAGGGAAGAGGGAUUUUCUUGGGGUAGACGGGGCUUUCAUGAAAGGACCUUUCCAUGGUCAAAUUUUAUCUGUUGUGGCUUUAGAUGGGAAUAAUGGAAUAUAUCCUUUAGCAUAUGCUGUGGUUGAAGCUGAGACACUGAACUCUUGGACAUGGUUUUUAACUCACUUGGGUGAUGACCUAGGGUUGGCUUCAAAUUCAAUUUUACAUUUAUAUCAGACAGGCAAAAGGUUAUUUUCUUGUGUUUUGAAUACUAAUAUCUAAAGGAAAAGAAAUCAUUGACAUAAUGUAUCUUUCUUGUAGGGUUUAAGUUCUGCCAUCGCAGAUUUGUUUCCUUGUGCAGAGCACCGUUAUUGUGUUCGCCACAUACACGAAAAUAUGAGGUCACGUUGGAGAGGGGAUAAGUUUAAAGAACUGCUUUGGAAUUGUUCAACAACAUAUACUGUGCAAGAGUUUGAAAAAGAAAUGGAAGAAGUUAGAAAAUUAAACCAAGAAUGUUAUGAGUGGCUUAAACAAAUACCACCUCAACAUUGGGCACGUUCUCAUUUUACAGGGAGAGCACAUUCUGAUAUUGUGAUAAACAACAUAUGCGAGUGCUUUAAUAGCAAAAUAAUAGACGGACGUGACACACCAAUUAUCAAUUGCUUAGAGUUCAUCCGGGAGUACAUCAUGAAGAGGAUUGUGAAUGUUGAAAAAGAAAUUGACAAAGCAACAGGCCCUUUGACUCCAACAGCUACCAAGCUAUUGCAAAAGAUCAAAGAUCAGGCAGAGGAGUAUACAGCAUCAUUUUGUGGAAAUGGGAAGUACCAAGUGAGUGGACCUUGGCAAGAUCAGUGUGUAGUGAAUGUGAAUCAACGAACGUGUUCAUGCAAGAAGUGGGAAAUAACUGGAAUGCCAUGCAAACAUGUUGUAUCUGCAAUUUGGGACAUGAGGAGAAAUAAUGGUGCAAUUGGUAUUCCAGAAACCUUUGUUCAUGAAUGUUAUUGGUUAUCAACCUGGAGGAACAUGUACUCUUUCAAAGUGGAUCCAAUAAAUGGUAGAAGAUUGUGGAUUAAGUCACCUUGUCCAACUACUUUGUUGCCUCCAAAACACCGUGUCCCAAUAGGAAGACCAAAAAAGAAACGAAGGAAGUCAACUACAGAAAAAGAGGAUAUGAUCAAAGGGAAUACAGUUUCUAGAGCACAAAAAACUGUUACAUGUACCAAAUGUAACAACAAAGGACACAAUGCCAGGACUUGCAAAGGGCAGUUACCAACUGUUGGGAAGAAGGGAAAAAAGAAGAAUGAGAAAGGAAAAGAGAAGGAUAAAGGAAAAGAGAAUG